AUGCGCUAGCUACGAGUAAUAAGCAGUGAUGUCAAAAUGUAUAUCAUCUCACAGGCCAUGGUGGACGCCGUCACCCUGACCACUCCCUCACAUCGCUACUUGGUAGGGUCGAGUUUUGAGGACUACGUCACUUGGAUGUGGUUGGGCUACUUUCCCACACGGUGGACGGGUUCUACCCUGCUGGCUGAUAAGGAAGGGGACCCCAAACCAGCCAUGCUGAAGAAAACUCGCUAGAAUAUUUCUCCGAGUAGUGUCUAAAAUGCACAGUAUCAGACGAUUAGUCACUUUUCUUUCAUAGUUUGAGUGAAUUGAUAAUUGGUAAACAGGCCAUGCAAACGCCAGUAGAUAUAAGCAGCUGCUAGGCUUGCGAGGUUCUGUACCUGUUGAUAUAUCUGCAAAGGGCAAUUUAGGAAGGAAAGCUUGCUAACCACUGGAAGAGCUGUCACGUCAUAGCAUGUUUAGCUUGUUGCCGUUAUGUGAUUUUGCAUCAAUAAAUGUACCAAUAAAAUGCUUUGAUUUUCAUGAACCAACUAGAACUCUACUCUGCAUUACUAAGACAAUACAAUUUCUAAUUACUCCAGGAAGGAGAAUCACCUGACGAAAUCUUGUAAUUCGGGUUGUAAUGCUGCUCGUAGAUAUAUCUCACGAUUCCUUUUGUAUGAGUAUAUAGUUUGGCAUGACAUCUGCCCGUACUGUUAAUGCAUUAAGUUCGUGGAGAAUGUAUAGUACCUACAUACGUACAUGUAAGGGGAUGCUGAUGCGGUGAGAGCAGAAGUUAGAAGGAAUCUUUUUGGCAGUGAUUCUGAGUUUCCGACUUUAAAAGAGAAUAACUCAAGAAAGAGUCGAUGGAUUGUCAUGAUUUGUUGGCAUAGAAAUAGCUUGAGUAAUGGUUCAUAUAAUACUUUUUCAUGACAUAGCAAAAAACAAUACAUCGGAGUCUAUUUUUCAUGGAGAUGAAAAGAAUACGUACGAAUUAAAAUAAAUGGUUAACAAAUAGCAAAGGUAGCGCAGUAAUUGUUUUUCGCUCGCCAUAUGUACCUUGACCAUUAUCAGGCUUGUAUGUUUACAAUAUCUGUCCUCGUACUAUAUUCACGACAAGGUACGUAAAUACUGUAGACCAACCGGGAGGUUCCAACAAUGAUGAAGCCACUGUUUUUGUUCUACUGUGCAAUCUUGGUUGGUCUGACCACCAUUUCAGGCUUGUUGUUGUUGUUGUACCACUGUGCACCUGUCCUGUACUACCUGUGCACGGGGAUACUACUGGGUUCAGUGGGAUACUGUGUGGUUCUGUACUUGGUGCCGAAGAGCCGAGUGAGCGGGAACGGCAAAGCUGUCUUCAUUACAGGUUGUGACAGUGGUUUUGGAUUCGGACUGGCCAAACGCCUGGACUCGCUGGGUUUCACGGUGUUUGCCGGCUGUCUGCUGGCAGACAGUGGUGGGGAGGGGUCGAAGAAACUCCGGGCGGAGUGCUCGAGUAGGCUGAGUACUGUUCAGAUUGACGUCACUGAUGAUGGACAGGUGCAGGCCGCUGUUAGACAGGUCAGGGACAGUCUACCGACUGGGUCUGAAGGUGAGUACUAUGAGACUAAGAGACAAUUGCGUAUUUACGCAUUGGUGAACAACGCUGGAGUCUGGCAGCCGGGAGAGAUAGAGUGGGUCAGCAUGGCCGCCUACCGACGUGUGAUGGAAGUGAAUGCCUUCGGUACCGUGCGGGUCACCAAGGCGUUCUUGCCUCUGAUUCGUCGGACGAAAGGACGAGUCGUGAACGUCACGAGUGCGGUGGGCCUUCACGCCACCCCCGCUGCUUCUGCGUACUGCAUGACGAAAGCGGCCGUGGAAUUUUUCUCUGAUGCCCUCAGGCACGAGAUGCACAAGUGGGGUGUCAAAGUCGUCAUCGUGCAGCCUGGAAACUUUGCACAGUCUACUGACAUCAUUCUACCUACAGUCUUCAACAAGUACACUGAGGAUAUGCAGAACAACAUGGAAGGCGUUGUGAUGGAGGAUUAUGGCAUGGAGUACUUUGAUUUCAAGAUGGAGCAGUUGAGAGUUGAGGGCGAGGAUGAAGCUAAUGAUCCAACCGAUGUCAUAAAGGCUAUGUUGGACGCCGUCACCCUAACCACCCCCUCACACCGUUACUUGGUUGGGUCGAGUUUUGAGGACUACGUGACUUGGAUGUGGUUGGGCUACUUCCCAACGUGGUGGACCGACCUAGCAGAAAGAACUGAGAAUGAAGGCGACCCUAAACCAGCCAUGCUAAAGAAUUAAAAGUGUUUUUUUGCAUGUCAUGAAACGAAGAAGCUUUUAUGUAUUUUGGCGACUCUCUCAGGGAGAGAGCCAAUAAUAUUCUCAAAUGGCGGGGUGUCCGCA